AUGGAUGAGACGAUAGACAGCGCCCUCUUGGAGGCGGAGGUGGAGGACACCUUCGAUGGAGGGGAUCCAUCCAUGGCGUUGUACAAUUCGGCCGUCCUCUACGCUCAGAUUGCAGGCACCAUCGCCACCCUCCUCUUCAGCGUCCAGUACUUGCCACAAACGUAUCUCAACUACAAACGCAAGUCGGUGACGGGCUUCAGCGUCUCUGGAAUCAUCAUCAAACUGGUCGGCUCCUGCUUUCUCAUCGUCAACGCCUGGGCGAGCGGAGAGACCUGGCCAGUGGUCAUGUACGGGCUGUGCAACACCAUCCAGCACUCCAUUUUCUGCGUUCAGUUUUCCAUAUACAAGAACAACCCGAACUACAGCCUGUGGCUCUUCUUCCUCCUCGUGCCCGCCCUACUCUGCGGCAUUUUCCCUGGGAGCAUGGUCUUCACGAACAGCAUCAAACCCAUCACGCAAGUGAUCAGUCACUUCCCCCAGUUGCAAGAGUGCUUCUCGGCGAGGACGACCGGCGGCGUAUCCCUCAUGUCGCAGCUAUUCAAUCUCUUUGGCGGCAUACUCGGCGUCUACAUGUGUUGGGUGAUUCCCGCCAAGUCGCCCAUGACGAUCCUCUUGUACAUCAACUCCAUGUUCCAGGCCCUCUCCCUUUUUGCUCUCUACUUCCUGUUCGACUUUGGGCGAUCGCCCAAGCAGCAGCUCGACCCAGCAGGACCCGCCCACGAGAAAGCCACAGUGUACAUGAUUGCUCAUGGGAGCGCGAUGCGAACAAGGCCAAAGCGUGUGUGCUGA